AUGAAAAACCCCUCAUUUUCACAACUUCAUGAUUCCAUUAAUCCACAACUGUCAAAUUCCAUAAUUUCACAAUUACAAAAUACCACAGUUUCGCAAUUUCAUCAUGUUACAAAUCCAGGAAUUUCCACACCAAACACACAACUAGCAAGCGUCAUACCAACAUCAACGACAGCAACUAAUACAUCAUUAGUCAUCGAUAAUAAACCAACUGCAAUUGAGCCAUCAUCAACAUCUGCCCAUCAUUGGUCAGCGUCGUCCACUCCACAGUUUCAAGUUUCAUCAUACCCAUCAUCAAUUCAUUUAGAAACAAUGGUCCAAUCAGCUUUUUUAGAUGAGUUAGUCAAGAAUCGGAAAAAAUUUGGUGGUGGAAAACAAAAUGUUAAAGCAUGGCUGGAUGACUUAGAACAUAAAAUGCAAGCAAAUUCAUGGCCAGAAGACUUGAGAUUGAAAUAUGUUUCAACAUUUUUGGAUGGUGAAGCAAACGAUUGGUUUAACGAAAAUUCAUCUAGAAUAAUAUCAUGGUCAUCGUUUAGAGGACAAAUUAUAAAACAGUUUACAUCAACAUAUUCGGACAUUCAAGCAUUUCAAAGGCUAAAAGAUUAUCACCAAACAAUACAUCAAACCAUCACACAAUAUUAUAAUGAAAUGAUAAAAUUACUAAAAGAAGUUGAUCCAUCCAUGGAAGAAACAUUGAAAGUUAAUUAUUUAAUGUCAAACAUGAAUAAUUCAUUGAAAUAUGAAAUGUAUAAAAAGCAACCAAAAACAACAGUACAAUUUCUUGAUAUUGCCAAGAGAUUUGAAGAUUUACAAAAAUUAAAAGAGAACGAUCAACGAAGAAACAGUUAUUUAACAGAAACUGAAUCAAUAACAACAGUAACUUCAUCAGCUAUUCAACCAACCACAUCAAGAAAUGCUGGAAUUCAUACAACAGCACAGUUUACCACAACACCUAAUCAUCAAUCUUCCUCAAAUCACAGAUGGCCAAAUUCCAACCAAUCAACAACUCAGAAUCAGCAAGAUAAUAGAAAUCGGCAAUCAUAUUCUCAUCAACCACAAUAUAACCAAAAUCAUUAUGAACAUCAUCGUGGUCCUCGUUAUCAAAAUCAACAACGAGGAGGUCAGGAUUUCCAGUAG